GCUGUGACAGACAUAUUCUGAAGACUGAUGAUUUACCCAAAAGAUUUAAGAUUAUUACCAGUCCCAGAUCAUGUAAGGUAAAUGGAUAAAAUUGGUAGGAUAUGUACAUGUUACUAGUCUUCGUAGCGCGCGAUGAGAUUUGUGUUGUGUGGAACCGGAAGCGAUGUGCUUGUCAGUAAAUUCCUCCUUUCGAUCGACUCCUUCGCCCUACAGUGCCAUAGGCUUACAGUCAAAGGACAAGCGAGUGAAUCUGAAUGAUUAAUGUUAUUUGUGCAUAUUAUAGAUGAUUAUCGUACAACUACAGCUACAAUAAAAUAUUUAACAUUAGUUUUAUGUCAUUUUAAUGAUAUUUAUUUUUUAUUAAAGAACUUACCAUUCUUAAUAUCACUUGAUAUUGAAUUAUUAAAUGAUCUGAGAAAUAGUAUUGCUUGUGAUGAUAGUAAUAGAAUACCUUUGGAACAAUCGUCAAUAAAUAAUCUAAUUACUUUUAAAAUCAAAUGUAUCCGGGCCAAUAUACAUGUAUUUGACCAAAUUAUUGAAUUAAUAGGCAAUUUUGUAAAAUUAGAAAAAUUAUGUUUCAAUUGUCAAUCGGAUUGUUUUUUUACAACAAAACAGUUUGGUGAUUUAUUAAUCAAAGUAAUAAAUUUAAAAGAAUUAAAUUUAUUCAUUUCAUCAGAAUUAGUAGAAUCUAACGACUUUUAUUGGAUGAACGAUCUUGGACAUUGGACAGAUAAAAUUCAUUGUUUUGGUUUGAGUACACCUAAUUCUUCAAAAUUUGAAAGUCUAUUACCAUUAGAAGAACUGUUGCCUGUCGAUGAUGUCUCAUUAUUAUCAUUAAACCAGAUUACUUCAAUUUUAGCAUAUUUUACAAAUUCAAAAUUUUUAAAAAUAAUUUUCUUAUCAAUCGAUUAUGGAAAUUUAUAUGAAUUAUAUAUUGAUUAUUCAUGCUUAUUAGAAUAUUUUCUUGAAAGUAAAUCGACUACUACUAUAUUAAAAAACCUUAAACGAUUGACAACAACUGAAUGCAACUUCGAUUAUUUUCAGGUUUUAAAGUAUUUUUCACUAACAAAACUUGAAUAUUUAAGUUUAGUGUUUUCUUCUCAGUGUGAAGGAAACAAAAUGAAUUUUCAAGAUAAUUUAAGUCAAACACUUAUUUCAACAACGAAUCUAAUGACAUUUCGUAUUCAAUUCUAUGGUAACGAUAUGAUUGAUAUUGUUGAAUAUUUAUUACAGACAUUUAAUAUAAAUGAAUAUUAUCGUUCUAAAAAUGUAAAACGUAAUCUUAUAUACAAUUAUUUGAUUUUAUACAUGAACAAUACAUGA